AUGAGCGACCUCGACAAAGCCAUUGCGCAAUUGCGCGCCUGCCGACCGAUACCCGAAGCGCAGGUUCGAGAACUGUGCCAUAAGGCACGGGAGUUACUCAUUGAAGAGGGCAACGUCGUCACGGUUACAGCUCCCGUAACGAUAUGUGGUGAUAUUCACGGCCAGUUCCAUGAUCUCAUGGAGCUCUUCCGCGUUGGUGGCGACGUCCCCGACACCAACUACCUUUUCAUGGGUGACUUUGUCGACCGUGGCUUUUACUCGCUCGAGUCCUUCCUCCUCCUUCUCUGCCUCAAAGUUCGCUAUCCCGACCGUAUGACCCUCAUUCGCGGCAACCACGAGUCCCGUCAAAUCACCACCGUCUAUGGCUUCUACGACGAGUGUCUGCGGAAAUACGGUUCGGCCAACGUCUGGCGCUAUUGCUGCGACGUAUUCGACUACCUUGCUCUUGGGGCUAUCGUACUCGGCGCAUCGCACACGUUCAACUCCCCGCCGGAACAAGAACCCAUCAACGAGGAUGUGGAGAUCGAGGUCUGCGACCAGGCUGGCUCAACAAUGAGCCGAUUCCCCAGACAAAGACGGCCACAGCGGCAACCGACACCUGGCAGUCCAAAUGGCGCGCCUUCGGGCGAUAAAACAGGCCCGCCGGGCAGUGGCGCAUCGGGAAGCUCGGCAGGUUCCAUCGGCAACCCCGCAGGCGCCAUUCUAUGCGUCCACGGUGGUCUCUCCCCCCUGAUAGACAGUGUCGAUAAGAUCCGGCUUCUCGACAGGAAGCAAGAGGUGCCGCACGAAGGAGCCAUGUGCGAUUUGCUUUGGUCUGACCCAGACGAUAUCGAUGGAUGGGGGUUGUCGCCACGCGGUGCUGGGUUCUUGUUUGGUGCUGAUAUUGUCCGCGACUUCAACCACAAGAACGAUCUGUCGCUUAUCGCGCGUGCCCACCAGCUCGUCAUGGAGGGUUUCAAAGAGAUGUUCGACGCUAGUAUCGUCACGGUUUGGUCGGCGCCCAAUUAUUGCUACCGCUGCGGCAACGUUGCGGCGAUCCUCGAACUGGCGGAGGACGACUCAGGCACUGGUGUCUUCGCGCGCAGCAACGGCGACAGGGGACGCAGUGACGGCGGUAUUAGGGGAACCGAUGACUAUGUUCUCCUGCCCGGACCGGCGCGGAGGUACCGCGUGUUCCAGGCAGCACCUCAAGAUUCUAGGGGAAUGCCGGCGAAGAAGCCGGUGGCUGACUACUUCUUGUAG